AUGUCAGGCCAAGACUUUGACACACAAGGAUAUGCCGACGACCUUGUAGUUAUCGUCAAAGGCCCUUGCAACAAAACCAACCAAAAGACAGCAAUAGACACUCUAAACAGCCUGCAACGCACGGCUUGUUUAACAGCAACAGGCGCCUUCUCCUCGACACCGGGAGCGGCCCUAGAUGCACUGCUAGACAUCAUACCACUCCACCUGCAGGUGCAAAAGGAGGCCAAGCAGUGCGUCUACAGAAUAUGCACGCUAAACAGGCCAAAAUGGCGCUCUCAGGCAUUAGCCAAUCUAAAGGCCUGGGUUUUUGCAAAUAGAACCCUUAGCAUGCCCACUGAUGACACGCACACCGAAUGUCAUCUCACCAAACUGUACACAGUAGAAAUACCUCCUAGAGACAAAUGGAUCAACAACCAAAUGUACGUCGAAGAGGGAAGCCACGUUUGGUAUACAGAUGGUUCCAAAAAAGGCAAUGAUGUAGGAUGUGGGAUCUAUGGUGAGAGACCUAAGCUCAGAGCUAGCGUCAGCAUGGGCACACAGGCCUCAAUCUUCCAGGCAGAAGUCUUCGCCAUCAACAAAUGUGCGGAGAUCAACCUGGAUAGAAACCUAAGACACCAGCAUAUCUACAUCAACUCAGACAGCCAGGCUGCUCUGCUGGCACUAGAAUCCCUUGAGUCAAACUCAAAACUAGUCCAGAACUGUAAAACAAACCUAAAUGCACUGGCUAACUCCAACAAGGUCACACUUAGAUGGGUACCAGGGCACUCCGACAUUAACGGAAACGAAGAAGCGGACGAACUUGCUAGAAAGGGCGCAGACACACCCCUGGUCGGCCCAGAACCGUUCUGUGGAAUCACAAAACGGGAUGCAUAUUCUCUGCUCAGCAAGUUAGAAAAAACGAGAGCAACCGAGUGGUGGAAGUUCGUUAAAGGACAAGAACACUCGAAAGCUCUAAUCAAAGGGUUCAACAGCAGAACUGCUAAGGAGCUUUUAGGACUCAAAAGGCACAAAACCUGCGCGGUGACCAGAAUACUGACUGGACACUUGAAAGAAAUCUCCAUAUGA